AUGGUGUGCCCACCAGGGUUUUACAUCCAUAUCUACGAGGCAUAUUACGGUUCCGAAUCUGUUCCUUGUUCGAUCUCUGACCCAGUCUCAACCUUGCGAACGGCAUGUCAUGGCGCUACAGAAACUUGCAAUGUCAUAUUUAGUGACACUUUCUUCGGCGGUGACCCAUGCUCGUCAGACCCAUCAGCAGUGAAAAGUGGAUAUAUCAUAUAUAACUGUGCAAGGAGCAAGACUUUGGAUGAAGCACGAGGACCGUGGCGACUGGUGUUUAAAGUGCCCAGCGGCACCAGUCCCCCAGCGGGGUACAAUGACAUAAUGGCUUUGUAUACAUCUAGUGACGCGUACAAUGAAGGAAACACGGCAGCAAUGGUAGACUUCUCGGCUGGAGGAAGUAUAUACAAGUCGUCCAUUCUGAACCAAUGGGGAUCGAAUUUGACUGCAACUGCUGCGAAGGUGUCCUUUUUCAAAAGCGGACAGGAGCAGGCGUAUGUGGUAUUCGAUGCAUCGGGAAAAGGAAAAGAUGACUGGUUUGAUCAGACAAGGAUAAUUGACUCCAAUUGGAUUGACAUCGAGACAGGAAACACGACAUGUGAAAUAAAUUCUGGGGACAACUAUAAGCGGGUAUUCCAGAUUAAAAGUGACUACACCGGAUGUAGUAACGAAACAGGCUGGUUCAUGAUGAAGGACUACGGGGCUACUGAAGGAUGUUCCGGGUGGGACACAGUCGCAACCACCAUGCCGUAUAUGUACUACUCAACGACUGGACUGCGUACACAGUGGUCUUCAGCGGACAAAGAAUUGGCGGAUAGUUUUGCUAUUUUCUUAAUGGAUUGGCACAUGGUAUUCAAAGUAGUGGCGGAAGUACAGACAGAUGGGAGUUUAGAGACAAUAUGGACUGGGUCCUCUUCAAUAAAUGACGGUCUGGAUUCCGCCAUAUCGGUCACCAACUCUCCAAACAGUAACUAUAAGUCCAGUGUAGUUGAAACCUGGUCUGAAGACUUCACAUUUAUGGAUAUGGUCAAGUAUGCAUAUUUUACUGGCGGCGUGGAAAAAGCCUGGAUUGUAUUCGACGGAAGAGGUACAUCCAAAACUUCAUGGUUUGCAGACAGUAAAAUCCUCUUCUCGAGCUACAGUGAUAUACAAACAGCCGGUAAAGGAACAGUUAGUAUUACAGGAGAUGGGAUUAGGUCGUUUGCCACGAUCCUUUCCUAUAGCGACUGUGCGUCACUGACUGGUUGGAUGAUGAUGUCCGACUACAGUAGUAGUACAACAUGCACGUUUGAUAAUGCUGGAACUAAACCAUACUUCAUAUACAGUAGCACUGAAACAUAUGGUCUACCACAGUCAGCUUCAUCCUGGGACAGUACCAAUUUCCCAAAAGCUGAUGUUUUGGGCAUUUUCAUUAAUGGAUGGUUCCCGGUUUUAAAAGUGAGUAAAGAAUUCGGAGUGUCACCUGCAUCUGGUAUUUAUGACCUUUGGAAUAAUACGUACACCGUGAACGAAUACAACGACAGCCUUAACGCCUUCUCCUUCGCCGCCAAUACAAUGCCCUAUAAGUCCAGCAUCGUAGAUUUUUGGACAAACUACUACAUCAAAGCUGCUCGAGUAUCCUUCAUUGUGUCCGGAACUGAGCAAGCGUAUGUUGUGUUCGAUGCCCAUGGCACCACGAAGAUGUCAUGGUUUUCAUGUGAUAGGAUCUUAUAUUCUUCUUGGACCGAUUUAAACAAUGAAGGGACCCAGGAUUACUGUAGCAUUCAGGGUAACGAGCCAUACAAACAGCAUUUUCUCAUGGAAUCAAGCUACGGCACAAGUUGUGCGACCAAUAGUGGCUGGUUCAGUGUGGUCGAGCGUACGUCCGGUGGAUGUAGCUGGGAACAGAAGGACUCUACCUUUCCCCAUGUUGUGUAUAGUGAUACAACGACGGCGGAAUUAAACACAGGUAGCAUUUAUAUUUUGAUGAAUGGUGAAUACUACUAA